AAUCAUGCAUUGGCUCCCAUUUACGAAAGUUUGACUCUUUUUGAUUGUGCAACCCUGUUCACAGGAGUUCAAUUACAUAUUAGGAAUAUUUGUAUGAGAAUCCUCUUUAAUGAAACAAAAUCUUCUGAGCUUCGUCAUCAUUCAAGCCCUUUUUACAAUUGAUGCAUUGUAAUAACCACACAAUGGGAUUCUUUCCAUUCAUGAAAAGAUACUACAUUAAUUCAAGACUCAAUAAAAAGAGGAACAUUUUUCACAAUCUUUAUGCCAAACUAAACUCAAGCUUGACCUUUCUUGAGUUCUCAAUGGAAACGGUUGGUACAGAAAGGUGCCCCUCUGAGGGUUCUAGCAUAUCAGCAACCUCGGAAGGAACACCUCAUAGAGAUGGUAGUGAACUAGAUCAAACAGAGAUGGUCAAUACGAAUAUGAAAGAGAAAGUUGUCCAAGGAUCUGAACCAGCCCUCCUUCCCAAAUCGAGUGCUCGUGUUUUGCUGGAUUUGAAGCUUUCUAGAGAUAAUUCGAUCCGCGGGUCGAAGCUAGAAUUCAAUCUAUUUAGCCCCAUGAAUGUUGGUUCUUCUCAUGCUAAAGAGUCUACCGAUGAGACCUUGAAGCAAACCGAGUCUAGGGUUUUCCCUUGCAACUUUUGCAAAAGAGAGUUCUCCACAUCCCAAGCCUUAGGUGGGCAUCAAAACGCACACAAACAAGAGAGGACACUAGCCAAGAGGCGUCAAGAGAUGGAUGUGGGUGCUUUAGUACACUUGCCAUAUUAUCCCUAUUCAAGCCUCUCAACAAACCCAUAUUAUGGAUCUUUAAAUAGGUCACUUGGUGUACGGUUGGAUUCCUUGAUUCACAAGACAUCGCCUCCUUAUUCAUGGACAUCCCCCAUAGGGCUUCGCUACGGUGCCCAUGGUGGCUGGUCCGGGCAAACUACGAUGAAUACACAACCUUCGAAUGGUAGACUAACGACAGAGAGUUUGGAUGCUUUUAGUGGUGGAUUUGGAAUUUCUAGUUCCUCAUCUUCUUCAAGGUUUGAGGACAAUCUACUUCGAAAUUUUGGUUCUCCUCCAUCAUCCAAUAGUGUUGCAGUCAACAAGCCUCCCGGUACUGAUCAUAUGCGGCAAACUGACCUUCCAAAAAGUUAUCAAACAGAUGAUUCGGGACUUGAUUUGUCACUCAAGCUCUAG